GAGCCAACUCUCAUCUGCCAGGGGCUGCCAAGCAUUCCAUCAAUUCAUACUCAGCCCUGAGGUACAAAAAAACAAAUUUAGCUAAAACACAAGCCACAGCUCCCAAGCUCCUUUCCAACUCCAGCCAUCUAGAAGUCUGAUUUUAGGAGUUCUCCCCUCCUCCCCACCUACGUUUUUACAUUUCCUGCCCUUCUUCCCUUUUUCUAAGACCGCAUGUUUACAACUGUUCAGAACAAAGCAAUAAAUAAAUGAAACUUACUAGUUUCAUUGAAUUAGUUCAAUAAAUGAAACUUCUCUAACUUAAACCAAGUUAGAAACUCCUGGAAUCUCUACAAGCAACACUACUAUCAAGUACGCAGUGUGUCAGUAUUUUGGCCAGUUUCGUUAAAGGAACAUAAAAACCAUACAAAACAAUUCUUCCCUGUAAAUUCCCCGGUGACGCACACAGACCACGCCUACUUCAAGAAGACAAAAGGCCAAGAAGCCUGACAAGGGCCAAGUCUCCAGGCAGAGAGGGAGUCAUUUCAUUGGCGCUUGAAUCAGCAAAGAAGUCAAGAUGGCCAAAGUUCCUGACCUCUUUGAAGACCUGAAGAACUGUUACAGUGAAAAUGAAGAAUACAGUUCUGAAAUUGACCAUCUCACUCUGAAUCAGAAAUCCUUCUAUGAUGCAAGCUAUGACCCACUUCAUGAGGACUGUACAGAUAAAUUCAUGUCUCCGAGUACUUCUGAAACCUCUAAGACACCCCAGCUUACCCUCAAGAAGAGUGUGGUGAUGGUGGCAGCCAAUGGGAAGAUUCUGAAGAAGAGACGGUUGAGUUUAAAUCAAUUCCUCACUGCUGAUGACCUGGAAGCCAUUGCCAACGAAGUAGAAGAAGUGAAAUUUGACAUGGGGGCUUAUACAUCAAAAGAAGAUUCUAAACUUCCUGUGACUCUCAGAAUCUCAAAAACUCGACUGUUUGUGAGUGCCCAAAAUGAAGAUGAGCCUGUAUUGCUAAAGGAGAUGCCUGAGACACCCAAAACCAUCAGAGAUGAGACCAACCUUCUCUUCUUCUGGGAACGUCAUGGCAGUAAGAACUACUUCAAAUCAGUUGCCCAUCCAAAGUUGUUCAUUGCCACACAGGAAGAAAAACUGGUGCACAUGGCAAGAGGGCUACCCUCUGUCACUGACUUUCAGAUACUGGAAACCCAGUCUUGACUCUGGAGUCUACUUACUUGUGAAGUGUUUACAGUCCAUAUGUACUAUGUACAUGGAGGAGUCAAAUCUUUUACUCUUAGUCACUUGAUGAGCAUGUGCUGAGCCUUUGUAAUUCUAAAUGAAUGUUUACUCUCUUCGUAAGAGAGUGAGCAAGCUCUAAUGGAACCAACAUCAACAUAUAAUGUUGUUUGUUAUUUAAAGAAUACCCUAUACUUGAAAUACAAAUCAAAACCACCAUGAGAUACCACCUGACACCUGUCAGAAUGGCUAACAUGAACAACUCAGGCAACGACAGAUGUUGGCGAGGAUGCGGAGAAAGAGGAUCUCUUUUGCAUUGUUGGUGGGAAUGCAAUCUGGUGCAGCCACUCUGGAAAACAGUAUGGAGGGUCCUCAAAAAACUAAAAAUAGAACUACCCUACAACCCAGCAACUGCACUACUAGGCAUUUAUCCAAGGGAUACAGGUGUGCUGUUUCAAAGGGACACAUGCAUCCCCAUGUUUAUAGCAGCAUUAUCGACAAUAGCCAACGUAUGGAAA